AGGGAUGGUGAGGGAACGAGUGUUUAUAGCUGCUAUAACGUAAGUGACAACCGGAACUAACUCGCUUCAUGAAUAUUAAAUGUAACUAUAAACGGAUAAAACGUACAUGUUCAUUAAUAAAUGAUAGUUGUAUAGGAGGAGGAGGAAUAAAGCAUUUCGUGGCGUGCUGUUAUGGUUAAAUAAUCAACUAACAGUAACUCCGCUUCAUCACACCAUGCACCCCGGCCAUUAUUAUUUUUACUGUAAAGACAUUAAAGAGCUCAUGAUCACGUGGUUUAGAUAGCACACAUACUGAUCUGAUGACGUCACCGCCACACCUUAUUGCAGGGAUUUUCUCGUGCACUUUCUGAAUUCUUUUUCUCUCCCUUUCUUUUGUUCCUAUAAUAAAUAACUCCGCGUUAAUAUACACCCCCCUCCACCCCACCCUCUCUCCCCUGCGCGUGCGCUAUAGCAUCCGGUGAAGCUCGCGGAUAAAAGGCGCACGGGAUGAUGAACGGACGGAGCCGCGCGCGACCGGAGCCACGAGCCAUACCGGAUUUACGCAUUUGUUUUUUGUUUUUGUUUAUUUUUUCCUCUACAUUAAUUUACAUUUCUCUUCGACAUUCAGUCAAAUUAGUCCGAUAUCUUUUAUACAGAUUUAUAAUUGAUUUAUAUUUUAUUUUCCUUUCAAUAUAUUAGAGACAUUUCUGUUUAUUAUUUUGUUUCAUUAUAUUAGGAUUGUUUUUUAUUUACAGAAUUGUGCAUGUGCAUCAUGAAAAAGUUUUUUUUAAUUAGCCUAUUAGAAAAUAAAUAUAUGGUUUCACGGUUUUAGUCACAGUACAUACAUUUAAAUAUAAUUUAAUAUCAAUAUUCCUGUUCAUUCACAUUUAAUGAAUUCGUUUAUUUAUUAUUUCAUAAGAUUUGUUUGCAUUUUAUGUCUACAUUGUAGUUUAGUAAGCUAUUUACUCGGCUAACGCAAACUAGAUCUAAUUAUUACUAAAUAAACAUUAAACCUAAUUUAAUAAAAAUUCAAAUAGAACGCUGGUCUAAAUAGGAUUUUAUCUAAUGUUAAGGUCAGUUUCCGGUCUGAUUUUAAUUUCAUUUUAAAUUAAGUUACAUUCCCCCUUUUGGACUGAGAGUUGUUUAUUUAUUUAUUUAUUUAACACGUGAUUUAGUGUGAUGGUUGAGGCGCGCGCGGCGGGAGUGGACUCUGGUGCCGCGCUGCUGCUCGCGCGACUCUUCACCAUAGGGCGCGACACGGGAGACACGGGUGCAGCGGGGUCCGGGUCCGAGUCCUGGGCGAUGAUGAUGAUGUCCCAGCCGCCGCCUCCGUCCACCGUGCCGCGGAUUCCGCCCGAGGCGGGGAACCGGACGCGCUGCGCCGCGCACGUGCUUAGCUACGGCGGCGUGGAGCGCGCGCUGAUCGGCGGCGUCCUGACGGCGCUGACGCUCGUGACGGCGUGCGGGAACCUGCUGGUGGUGGUGUCCGUGUGCUCGGUGAAGAAGCUUCGGCAGCCCUCCAACUACCUGAUCGUGUCGCUCGCGCUGGCCGACCUGUCCGUGGCGCUCGCCGUCAUGCCCUUCGUCAGCGUCACUGACCUGAUCGGCGGCCGCUGGAUCUUCGGCCAGUUCUUCUGCAACGUCUUCAUCGCCAUGGACGUCAUGUGCUGCACGGCGUCCAUCAUGACCCUCUGCGUCAUCAGCAUCGACAGGUACCUGGGCAUCACGAGGCCGUUAACGUAUCCGGUGCGUCAGAACGGAUGGUGCAUGGCCAGGAUGGUUCUGUCGGUGUGGUUGCUCUCAGCCUCCAUCACGCUGCCUCCGCUGUUCGGCUGGGCGCAGAACGUCAACGAUGAUAACCAGUGUCUGAUCAGCCAGGACUUCGGCUACACUAUCUACUCCACCGCCGUGGCCUUCUACAUCCCCAUGAGCGUCAUGCUGGUCAUGUACCGCCGAAUUUACCGCGCCGCCAAGCUCAGCGCCGCCAAACAUGCCAUCUCGGGCUUCCCGCGGCCAAGUGACAAGGGCGACGGCGAUGACAGGAACAGCCGAGACGAUGACAGUGACUGCAUGACGGCGGCUAUGAAGAUGCACCGGCUCCGAGGAGCGAAGUGGAACGAAACCGAGCGCAAAAGCGCCUCCAUCUUCAAGCGGGAGCAGAAGGCGGCAGCCACGCUGGGCAUGGUGCUGGGUGCGUUUACAUUCUGCUGGCUGCCGUUCUUUGUGCUGUCGACACUGCGUCCGUUCGUGUGCGGCGUGCGCUGCAGCUGCGUGCCUCUGUGGAUCGAGAGAACGCUGCUGUGGCUCGGUUACGCCAACUCGCUCAUCAACCCGUUUAUCUACGCCUUCUCCAACCGGGACCUGCGCACCGCCUACCGCAGCCUUCUCGCCUGCCGCUACCGCAACAUCAACCGCAGGCUCUCCGCCGCCGGCGUGCACGAGGCGCUGAGACUCGGCCCGAGGUCAGAGGUCACGUUGUCCGUGUGAACAAGCUUUAAAGACCCUCAAGCUCUAAUCAUGACUUGGAAGGCGAUUAUAUUCUAGUGUAAAGGGUUGAAAAGGAUGUGAAUGGCACUCAACAAUCACACUCCUGUGACCCUGCCUGAGGUCAAAGGUCAUGAAGGUUAUGUGAAAGUCAGGCCUAAAGGAUUGCAUCAAGGUGACCUCGGACUAUGGGAAUCACUCUGAACUAUUUAAUCUGACUUUAUAUCUGAACAACAAUAAAAAUCGAGCAUUUAAUAUGAAGGUUAGAUGGUUAAACAUAUCCAGGGGUCAAA